AUGGGCCCCUGUACCGCCUCCUCUUGCUGCUGCCAGGCCCGUAAUCUGCCAUGGGCCCCUGUACCACCUCCUCAUGCUGCUGCCAGGCCCGUAAUCUGCCAUGGGCUCCAGUACCGCCUCCUCAUGCUGCUGCCAGGUCCACAGUCUCUCAUGGGUCCCUGUACGGCCUCCCAUUGCUGCUGUCUCCAUCGCCACACUCUGCCAUGUGCCACUUUCAGGUCUCCUCACACUGCUGGUGUGUUCCAUUUUUUGUCAUAGGGUGCUGGAGAUUACGGGCCUCCCAUUGCUGCUGCCAGGCCCGUAAUCUGCCAUGGGCCCCUGUACCGCCUCCUCAUGCUGCUGCCAGGUCCAGAGUCUCUCAUGGGUCCCUGUACGGCCUCCCAUUGCUGCUGUCUCCAUCGCCACACUCUGCCAUGUGCCACUUUCAGGUCUCCUCACACACUGCUGGUGUGUUCCAUUUUUUGUCAUAGGGUGCUG